AUGUUCUCAAAGAUCGACCCUCCAGAGGUAAUUCUUUAUUACUUAGAUUAUCUGAGGAAACAAGGAGUGGAUAUCUCAGACUUCAACAUAAGCCAGCUGCCAGCUGAGCCUCCGAACUUCAUGAAGCGUCCACGAGGACCAUCUGAGAAGGCGAAGCAAGCUAAGAAGGCAAGACUAGGAGAAUCCUCCGGAUCAAGACCUCCAACACCUCUGCCUGGACCUUCUGGUAAAUCCGUUUCUCUUGCUCCUUCUGCACAAACACAUAACAUUGCUUCUUCUAUCCCUCAACCCACACAUAUCUAUACAAACUCAGAAACGCCUCCCUCAACCACCAGAACAUCUCACCAACCAUCCCAGAAAUUUAACCUUGCCACCACAACCUUACCUAUUUCUGACGCAGAGAUGCUAAAUGAAACCACCUCACCAUCUUCAUCUUCUUCUCCAGAAUCACCUCCCUACUACAACAUUUCCUCAGACACAGAACACUCUGACCCCUCAUCUCCCACUCUGGCCCAACUCCAAGCUCAGACUCUGGCCUCACAACAGCCAACACAACCCACACCUGAACCAAAAAUUACCUCAUCACCCACAGAACAACCAAACCCAACAACAUCUGACCCUCAACCUUCUGAAACAACUCCAUCUGAAACUUAA